UAUGCAGUACCCUCUUCCUUACCUAAUAGCUACCCUACCCACUACAGGUUAACUUCUUACAUACCAACCAGCUUCGGAACACAACUCAACCCAUCAACCUCAACAAAUUCGCGCCUUUUUCCUCCCUAGGAUAUUCGUCGAAGCAGUCCAGGGCUCUCCUCGUCCGGUCCUCCCCAGGGCUGCUUCCCACGAUCGGCGAAUUAUGAUCGCAUUAUGAUUAAGGCCAUUCGAUCGGGUCUGUGGACCUGCUCAAGAUGUCUCCGUCAAACCCCGAGAGCACGAGGCCCUCCGAAACGCUCGCUCUCUUCCGUUCCCGGGGCUGCUUUCUCUGAUGCUUCGCAGACCCCCGUCGACCAUUCUCCUGCCGACCGCAAGCACGAAGACACCCUACUGCGCCAGAUAUUCGACUCGCCGCCCACCUUCGAUUCCUUUGGCAAGACCCUGUUCGGAGCUCGCGGAAAUGUCGGCUUAUUCAGGAACAGAUACCUGACCUCGCCGCGGGGCUUCCUUGUUUUUGCCCAUGUCACCAUAAUCAAGGCCCAGUACGUGGUGGACAAGGUUCUGGCCGCGUCGACCCUAGAGGACUACAAGGCCCUCGUCCGUGAUAUGGACAGGCUGAGCGACCUGCUUUGCCGCGUCCUGGAUGUCUCCGACUUCGUCCGGGUCACUCACCCCGACGAGGAAAUGCAGGCGGCCGCGUCGCAGGCCUGGUCGAUGGUCUACCAGUACAUGAACGAACUCAAUACCACCACUGGCUUGAGCGACCAGCUGGGGAAAGCCCUGGCAAACCCCGAUGUCAUGGCUAGCUGGAACGAGGAGGAGCAGACCGUGGCUACGCUGCUGCAGCAGGACUUCAUGAAGUCGGCGAUACACCUCCCGAAGGAAUCGCGGGAUCGCUUCGUCAGCAUAUCCCAGCGUAUCAGCGAGCUGGGCUCGACUUUCGUUCAAGAGAUGCAUCCGGAACGGAGAUACCUCGAAUUCCCGAGCAGCCAGUUAUUCGGCAUGGAUCCGACGCUGGUGAAGAAGAAUACGAUUCGGGGCCUGGUUCGGAUCCCGACGCUAUCUUCCGAAGCCACCGCGGCGUUAAGAACCGUCUACGACGAGGACGCGAGGAGGGAGAUCUACUGUGCCACCCGAACGGCCUCGAGCGAAGCAAUCCAACUUCUGGAGACGUUGUUGAAGUCGCGGGCUGAACUGGCGAAGCUGUCGGGUUUUGCGAGCUAUGCGCACAUGGCGCUCCAGGAUAAAAUGAUGGCAAAGACCCCCGAGUCCGUCAAUCAGUUCCUCCUAGCUCUGUCCAAACAUAAUGCACCCCUCGUAGAAGAAGAGGUAGCAGGCCUUAUUCGCGAGAAGAGCGCCAGACAUCAAAAUAAGGCCGUCGAUCUGCAGCCGUGGGAUAAGGAUUUUUAUAUGGAAUCGAUACGCAGAGGGAUGAGGUCGCGACGGAAGUACGACGAUCGUUUGUCCGCCUAUUUCUCGCUCGGGACUGUGAUGCAGGGCUUAUCGAGGCUAUUCACUCGCUUGUACGGGAUCCGGUUUGUCCCCCGGGACACCCUACCGGGAGAGACGUGGCAUCCGGACGUGAGGCGACUCGACGUCGUGUCUGAUACCGACGGGCAUGUAGCCGUCCUCUACUGCGAUCUCUUCUACCGGCAUGACAAGUCUCCCAAUCCAGCGCAUUUCACCGUGCGCUGCUCUCGAGAAAUAUCGGAGGCCGAGAUGGAGAAAGCGGCGGAACAGUAUCACGUCAAGGCUCCAGGGCUACCCGAUUUCGAAUCGCCUAUCGAUGCGGCGAACGACGGGAUGGGCGUAUCGCAGCAGCCCGGCUCUAUAAAACAGCUGCCGACGAUCGCGCUGAUCUGUGAUUUCGAACAGAAGCGCCAACGAAACGAGCCCGCACUUCUAGAUUACCACCAAGUCGAGACGCUUUUUCACGAGAUGGGACAUGCCAUCCACUCGACCCUGGCUCGAACAUCCCUGCAAAAUGUAGCGGGAACUCGAUGCGCCACCGACUUCGCAGAGCUCCCGUCGACUCUGAUGGAGAACUUCUGCGCAGACCCGUCCGUUCUCGGGCUGUUUGCGCGACACUAUUCUACGGAUGCGCCUCUGCCGUACGAGAUGGUCGUGGACAGGCUUCACGUCUCUCGGCGGUUCGAGGCUUCGGAGAGAGAAAAUCAGAUUCUAUUAGCCAUGCUAGACCAGAAGUACCAUUCGUUGCAACCGGGUGAGGACGAUAUCGACUCGACCGAGAUGUAUCUGGGCCUGCAGAGGGAGUUUGGAAAGCUCCCUCCAGAUCCGCCCGGCACGAAGUUUCAAGGAUUCUUCGGCCACCUGUUCGGCUACGGCAGCACAUAUUAUAGCUACCUCUUCGACCUGGUGCUCUCCAGGCGCGUCUGGCAGGUCGUAUUCUCAGCCGGCCAGAACGGCGCCGCUAUCGACCGGGCGAACGGCGAGAGGCUGAAGGAGAGCCUGCUCAAGUGGGGCGGGAGCCGAGACCCUUGGAGAUGCCUCUCGGACACGCUGCAAGACGAGCGUCUGAUAAACGGGGACGAGAAGGCGAUGUCGCUAGUGGGAAGCUGGGUCACCAAAGACGACUUCCAGGGCUAGGUAAUUAGACAUUCUAAAUCUUGUUGCAUAGAAGGGGAUCGACGGACAACCUCCUAGGUACCUACCUAGGUAGGUAGGCAGGUAGUCCAUAUAACCCGCAGUAGACGUACGACAGCGUGAUACCCACCGAUACCAUAAAGCACUACUUCGCUGUUAUGCGAACAUGUCCCUGCUUCUCCUAAA